CGCAUGUUCACAAUGACUACUGCGAACCCAAUACAGUAUACGUAAAUUGGUCGCUGCCGACUGCUCUACCUUUCGUCAAAAAGCCACGACUUGGAGCAUCACUUCAGUUGCUACUUUUCCGGAACUUCUGAGGUCAAACGGGACAAUGAAACAGCCGACCAUCACAAUGCAUGGAUUUCUUUUGAUCAUUUUCCUUUUCAACGGUGUUGUUUCUCAGGAGGCAGAGGAGCCCAUAACGUACACGUGUACCGAUGGCUAUGAAUAUGACCCCAUCAGGCAAGUGUGCAAAGAUAUCAAUGAAUGCGCCAUUUUGUCGGAUGCUUGCAAAGGAGGCAUGAAGUGCAUCAACCACUUUGGCGGAUACCUCUGCCUCCCUCAAAACGCACAGAUCUUUGUCAGCAACGGUGAUGAGCAAAGUGCGCCUGUUGAUCCCAACUCCUCCGCCGGCCAUAAUCAGUCCACAACCCACACCCAGGUGACCCAGACGAGAGUGCGCUGCAGCUCGGGAUUCACUCCGGAUGAAAAUAAUUUCUGUAGAGAUAUUGACGAGUGUGCCACCGGCUCCCACACCUGCAGUGUGGAGCAGACCUGCUACAACACCCGGGGAUCCUUCAGCUGCCAGUGCCCGGCAGGGUACCAGAAGAUAGGUGACCAGUGUGUUGACAGAGAUGAGUGCCUCAUCUCCCACUACUGCAUGCACAGAUGUGUCAACACGGUUGGCUCCUACUACUGCGAGUGUGACACCGGCUACAAGCUGUCCAGCAACAACCACAGCUGCGUGGAUGUUGAUGAGUGCGGGACAGAUAACAACCCAUGUGAGCAUCAGUGCUACAACCUCAUGGGCUCCUUCAUCUGCCAGUGCAAUCAAGGCUAUGAGCUCGCAUCCGAUUCUGUCAGCUGUACAGACAUUGAUGAGUGUACGUUCUCCAGCUACAUGUGCCAGUAUGUGUGCAACAAUAACCCGGGUGGAUACUCCUGCACCUGUCCAGACGGAUAUGAGCUGCAGGGAACAAGAAUGUGCAACGACAUCGAUGAGUGUGAGACAGGCCAUACCUGUACAGAGGAGGAGAUGUGUUGGAAUUACUAUGGAGGUUUCCGUUGCUAUCCCCGCAACCCUUGCCAGGAGCCUUACGUGAGGUCAUCAGAGAAUCGAUGUGUGUGUCCAUCCUCAAACAUUUGCCGUGGCAUUGCCCAAUCCAUCGUCUACAAGUACAUGAACAUCUAUUCAGAUCGCUCCGUGCCAGCAGACAUCUUCCAGAUCCAGGCUACCAACAUCUACCCCAACACACACAACACCUUCAGGAUCAAGUCCGGCAACGAGGGGGGCGCAUUUCUCCUCAGACGAAUCAGCAACGUGGGCGCCAUGCUGGUCAUGACCAAGUCGUUCAGCGGGCCGCUGGAGCUGAUCUUGGACCUGGAGAUGGUGACGUACCACACAGCCAUGAACUACCGCUCCAGCUCCUUACUACGACUCACCAUCGUGGUUGGGCCCUACAGUUUCUAAUGGUGACAUCAUAGACAUCUAUUUGUGAUGUAUACAUACUCGUAUAUGUCUGUGGGUGAUAUAAUUAUGCUGCUGCGGCUGCUGCUUCCAUACAUAUACAUCAUGCUACAGUAUAUGCUAUGUAAUAAUAUAGCAAUGGCAGGACUUUACGGAGAGCUUCCUUGUGUGUGUGUGUGUGUGUGUGUGUGUGUGUGUGUGUGUGUGUGUGUGUGUGUGUGUGUG